ACUUGGCAUAAGUUCCAAGUUAUUAUGAACACGCCAUUUUCCGCACUGCUGUUAUACCUAGCCCACGUCCAGUAAUAUCGAUCUAAUGUUUCGAUGUCAGUAUGAAGACUCCGAUUUCAACUUUAUUUUUGGGAUGUUAUGUUCUGUUAGUUAUCAGUGUUCACUCGACUGACGCUAUCACUACUCAGUUAAUAAUGAAUGAAAACUGUAACCGACUGACGGUAAAGAAAGAUGCCUAUCGCCUGGAGUCACACGUUGUUGAUGGCACAGCGCUAAGCGGCUUUCUCGAUUGCUCUGUUACGAUGCAAGCGAUGAAAAACGACCAGAUGUUGCUUAUAAGUUUCCUAAGAGAAAACUAUUAUGCUGUAACUGAUCCGGGAAAUGAGAUUGAGUCUGGUCUCGGUAACUCUACAAACUGCGAUGCUUCUUUCCUUCAAAUAUACGAUGGGAGAUUCGCAACAAAUGACAGUCUACUCCUCCAUACGUGCGGUACAAUACAACCGGCAACUUUUCAAACUACCACAAACUUUGCAACCGUUAGAAUGAAACUGCGAGACACGUCAUCAGUCAACUUUACCAUACUCAUGACAUCUUUUGAUUUUGGUUCCUGUACAGACGAGGUAACAGAACUAAAAUGCACCAACGGACGAUGUAUUCCCCGUACGUUGAGAUGUGACAGUGCUAAUAACUGCGGUGAUAACAGCGACCAACUAGUAGAGCUAGCGCCCUCGUAUUGUCCAUAUGUACGUGUAUGGACCUACGAUGACGUUUGGUGGUGGUGGAUACCGUUGGCCGUCCCUAUUUUGCUCUACGCUUCGUAUUGGUGUUGUUGGAGGCCUGGUUAUUUCCCAUGGAGAAUGGCUUGUUGUCGCAAUGCAUUGCGGGAUUCCUGUCGGGACUGCUGUAAACAUUGCUGUAUUGAUUGUUCGAUAGGAAAGGGUGGGAAAUGGGGCAAACCUAGAAAGGGAAGGGAGAGGGAAGGAUGCACGUUCUGUGCGUGUUGUCGCAGUAAUGACGACGCAUAUAGGGUCAUGGAAACGGGCAAUGGCGGAAUGUCUGGUAGCCAAGCAAGAGGUCGACGCGGUGAUAGAAAGCGUAGCCAGUUGAAAAAGGGUAGUCGUAUAAGCAAUAAUGUUUUUCUUGUUGACGAAGAUGGUCACGCAUUGAGAAAUGGCGAACUUAAUGGUGGUGUCGGGGAUUAUCAUGAAUUUUAUAACGCCGACGGCCAACACGCCAGAGAGUGUAGAUAACUAAUUAUUAUGGCAUAUACCUGCUACAGAGGAUAGUAUAUAUUUUAUGUAUACCAUUUUACACAGAUAACAUUGGAAUAUGUUUUCGAACGCUUAUAUACAACACACGAGUACUCCCGUGUUUGUAGAGCCGUGCUUUGAACUGCGAGGUGAAUGAAACUUUGUGUAACGGACAGGAAAAGACUUCAGUGAUAAUGUAUGGGUUAUUUUUGAGAUCCACAUUACU